AUGGCCAACGAGCACAGCGGGAGCCCCCUCCGAAGGUGGAGGCCUUUCUACGGCGCUUUCGGCGCCAUUGACGGUGCGAUCGAGGCAGGCGGCCACCCGCGCUCCGCGUUUAGGGAAGUGAGGAGCCGGAUCGUCGUGCUGCUCCGUAGCGCAGCGGACGACGGCGUGGCCGAGCAGCUCUGCGCCGCGCUCGACGACACUAUGGUGGAAGCGCUCGAGACUCUGCGGGUGGCGCCCGUCCCGCACAGCGCGCUGGCGUCCACCGACCUCGCAAGGGCCGUCGUCGCCCUCGGGAACCACGGGUCGGCCAGGAUCCGCAGCCUCGCGAACGACGUCGUGCACCAGUGGAGCGCCGCCAUCGACGACGACGUCGCCACAGCUACGGCAGUCAAGGAGCGGCCCGACAAGCUCUUUGUCUCCGGUGAUCGGAUCCCACGCCAGGGCAUCUCUACAGUGUCACUGAUGGCAACGCGCGUGAAUCUGCUGCUGCACAAACUACCACCAGCGAAGAUGCUUCCCGCCGCUGCCGUCGAGGUACACAAGAAGAAGCUGCACAUAUCACCACCGAAGAUGCUUCCUACCGCCGCCGCCGCCGUCGAGGUACACACGAAGAAGCUGUACAUACCGCCAGCGAAGAAGAUGCUUCCCACUGCCACCGCCAUCGUCACCGAGGAACACAAGAAGAAGUUGUAUGUACCGCCAGCGAAGAUGAUUCCGACUACAGCAACUGUGUUGGGCCGACAGAACACGAGUGAGGCCAAGAAGCCGAUCGUCGCUCAAAGCAAGAAGAUGGAGACUACUAAACGAAAGCUACGUGAGGGUUACCAAGAAGCGGAGAGGAUCAAGCGUCAGCACACCAUUCAGAAGAUCAACGACAAGGAUGCGGCAAAGAUGUUUGAGCAAAAGCAGCGAAAGAUGCAUCCCAUCGUACAAGGGAGAGGCCCAACAACAUGCAGGACUUCCUUAGGCGUCAGUCGUUCGUUGCUUCCCUCUCUUCAGAUGAUUUAG